AUUUGAAUUAGGUAAGGAUAAACUUUUGUGCUGAGUGAGGUUUUGAAGGAAAUUCGUUAACAGGCAGAGCAGAGCAGAGCCAUGGCAGCUUGGGGUUUGUGAAUUUUAGAGAUACGGUUUCACUUUCACGUUCAGUGCAGCUUCUUCUUCUUCUCUUUCAUUUCCAGUUCUUCUACUUUCUGCAUCAUCGAUGGAGACUUCUCUCAGAUGUGGCGGAGACUCCAGAGCCUUAAGAAUCCACGCCAAGGAGAAGAUUCCUCUCGACUCCAACAUUUUCUUGCAGGUUCAUGGAGAGCUAGAUACAAGAAUGGGAGAACCGAGUCUACUUGCUGCUUCCGUGAGACAAUUUUUCCCCGACUUGUUUGCAAGCGCGGGUAUAGGGGUGCAAUAUGACAAAUAUAGGAAACUUCAGCAUUUUGCUCGAGGGAAAAUGUCUUUUCCUGUGACAACCGAUGGUAUGUUGCAAUUUACUAUUAAAGGGCAGUCUCAUCAUGACAAGGAUUUUAAGCAGACUAAUUUCAAAGGGGCUGCUGAAUUUUCCUUGGGUGUAUAUAAUGUCCAAGGGGAGCAAGAUGUAAGGGUCAAACUAGGAUUUGAAGUGUUCGAAAAGAUACCAUAUCUUCAGAUCAGGGAAAACAAUUGGACAUUGAAUGCAGACAUCAAUGGUAGAUGGAGUGUGAGAUUCAUCCUGUGAGAAUUAGAAGUAGAAGUUGAACUUUCUCCUUCAGAAAUUGUAGGUUCAGCUGCAGAAUUCCUUUCUAAAUUUGUAUGUUCCUUUAGAUCCAUUGAUUUAUUCCUAUUAGAGCAUUGUUUCAACAAUUUUCUGAUGAAACUGAUACAUGUUGCAGCUUCUUUAUAAUAAAUGUUCUUUUAUCACUUCA